GUCAAAUCAAUUAGCUAGCGUUUUACCCAACCCCAACGUUCCUUUCCCCUCGAAAAGAAAAUCGAAGUUUCCAGAAUCCAAGCUCACCACUAACCGGAGCUUCGUAGGUUCGUAUCGUCCUCUGCGCCGCCGUUUCUUUCGCCGUCACCAUUAGUUAACGUUCGGUACCGGUACAGUUGCUUUUGCGUUCCUUCCUGAGCCAGGGGUCUAUCAGAAAUAGCCGCUCUACCCUCCCAAGGUAGUGGUAAGUUAAGGUCAUGCCUAAAGUAAAAACAAACCGUGUCAAAUAUCCAGAGGGAUGGGAGCUGAUUGAACCUACUCUUAGUGAAUUACAAGCAAAAAUGAGGGAAGCUGAGAAUGAUCCUCAUGAUGGCAAAAGAAAAUGUGAGGCUUUGUGGCCUAUUUUCAAAAUUGCCCACCAGAAGAGCUGGUAUAUUUUUGAUCUCUACCACAGGAGGAAGGAGAUCUCCAAGGAAUUAUAUGAGUUCUGCCUAGAUCAAGGAUAUGCGGAUAAAAAUUUGAUUGCAAAAUGGAAAAAAGUAUGUUCACCCUCCUUGCUUCAGUUUGUGUGCCACCUUUGCUUUUUAAGUGCACUUGCAUGAAGCCAUGAACUAUCUCUUUUUCAUUUGUGGGGAACUCUUGUUCAUGUACUGUAACACAUGCCAAUGCGUAGUUCUCUUUUUUCUUU